AUGGAGGAGGAGAAAAAUAAGGAAGAUCCAAUUGGGGAAUCUAUGGAGGAAAAUGAAGCCAAAAAUGGGGUGUGGGACUGGUUUAACAUGCUUUCAAGGGAAAUGCAUUGGAGUUUUGUAUUUGGGGUGGUGGUAGUAAAUGGAAUAAGCCAGGGACUAGGUGGAGCUCUUGAUGAUGUUGGCACUAAAUAUUACAUGAAAGAUGUUCAGAAGGUGCAGCCAUCUGAAGCACAGGUUUAUGCAGGAAUUACAUCAAUUCCUUGGAUUGUGAAGCCUCUUUGGGGUCUUCUCACUGAUGUACUCCCAAUUUUUGGAUAUCGCAGGAGACCUUAUUUCAUUUUUUCUGGUUUCUUGGUAGUGAUUGCAAUGCUUUUGUUAUCUUUGCAUGAAAACCUGCAUCUUGUGUUGGCCCUUUUGUUAUUAACAGCUGGGAGUGCUGGGGUGGCAAUAGCAGAUGUAACAAUUGAUGCUUGUGUGGCACAGAACAGUAUCUCUCAUCCUUCUCUUGCCCCUGACAUGCAAAGUUUAUGUGCCUUCAGUUCUUCUGUGGGAUCACUAUUAGGUUUCUUCAUUAGUGGUAUCUUUGUUCGCCUUAUAGGCCCUAUGGGUGUGUUUGGUUUGAUGACUAUCCCAGCUGGACUUGUAAUUUUGGUUGGUUUUCUACUUGAUGAACCUCGUAUGCACAACUUUUCUUACAGACAGGUGAACCAAAAUUUUCUUCAUGCUGGCAAGGUUAUGUGGACUACAUUAAAGAGUGAAGAAGUAUGGAGACCUUGUUUAUACAUGUAUUUAUCCCUUGCAUUGAGUUUGAAUAUCCUUGAAGGAAUGUUUUAUUGGUAUACAGACUCAAAGGAUGGACCAUCUUUCUCUCAGGAGAAUAUCGGUUUAAUAUUUUCUGUUAGUUCAGUGGGGUCCCUUUUAGGUGCAAUACUAUACCAGUAUGCUCUAAAGGAUUACGCAUUCAGAGACUUGCUCUUCUGGACUCAGUUGCUUUAUGGUUUGUCAGGGAUGCUUGAUCAAAUUCUGGUCUUGAGAUGGAACCUGAAGUUUGGUGUACCAGAUUAUUUCUUUGUUGUGAUAGCUGAAAGCAUAGCUCAAAUGACUAAUAGGCUAAAGUGGAUGCCUAUGCUUGUUCUCAGUUCAAAGCUUUGCCCCGCAGGUAUUGAAGGCACCUUCUUUGCUCUGCUAAUGUCAAUUGAUAAUGUUGGACUUCUCUCAGCAUCAUGGGGAGGAGGAUUUGUACUCCACAUACUAAAGAUUACAAGAACACGGUUUGAUAAUCUUUGGUUGGCUAUUUUGAUCCGAAACAUUAUACGAAUCACCCCACUUUGCCUGCUGUUUUUGGUGCCUAGAGCUGAUCCCAACUCUUCCAUUCUUCCAAGCGAAAGAAUGAAUUCAAAGGUGGCUAUUGACACUUCAGAAACCAAAAAUGUUGAGUUGAUGUCCCUUGUAAGUACAUAG